AGAACGCGCCUGGGAGCCACGGUAUCCUCAGGCUUGCAUUCCUAAAGCAGCGGUUUGGCGACCUAGGGAUGCCCCCUACCCCACCUGACUUCCCUGGUGGCUCAGACGGUAAAGCGUCUGCCUACAAUGCGGGAGACCCAGGUUGUAGAGGCGUCCCUCUAUUUUUCCUGGGGACCUCCAGACAUGUCCGAGGUGAAAAGCCGGAAGAAGUCGGGGACGAAGGGAGCCCCGGCGGAGCCUGAGAAGCGGAGCGAGGGCGGGAAGAGUCCCGAGGCUCGGGGUGGUGGAGGCAGGGGCUGGGCCGACCCCCGGACCGGCGUGAGCCUGCUGUCGCUGGGGACAUGCCUGGGCCUGGCCUGGUUUGUAUUUCAGCAGUCAGAAAAGUUUGCAAAGGUGGAAAACCAAUACCAGUUACUGAAGAUGGAAACCAGUGAAUUCCAAGGGCUUCAAAGUAAAAUCAGUUUAAUUUCAGAAAAGCUUGCCUCUACUGAAAGUAUCCUGCAGGAAGCUACAUCCUCCAUGUCUUUGGUGACCCAGUUUGAGCAGGAAGUAGCCACCCUCCAAAGAAUCAUGCAUGACAUUCAAACCAGUGAAGAGAUGCUCACCCAAAAGAUGAAAAGCCUUAAUGAGAAAUUCCAGAAUGUUACAGAUUUCUGGAAGAGAAGCCUACAAGAAAUGAAUGUUAAUACAGACAUUUUCAAAUCAGAAUCAAAACAUAUACAUUCUCAAGUCACUGUCCAAAUUAACUCAGCUGAACAGGAAAUAAAAUUGCUCACUGAAAGGCUAAAAGAUUUGGAAGAUAGCACAGUAAGAAAUAUUAGAACUAUACAGAGACAAGAAGAAGAGGAUCUUCUGCGAGUAGAGGAGCAGCUUGGCUCUGACACAAAAGCAGUGGAGAAGUUAGAGGAGGAGCAGCAUGCUCUCUUUGCCAGAGAUGAAGACCUGACUAACAAACUCUCCAGCUACGAACCCAAAGUUGAAGAAUGCAAGACACAUUUGCCGACAAUUGAAAGUGCUGUUCGCUCUGUUCUGAGAGUCUCUCAGGAUCUGAUCGGGACAGAAAAGAAAAUGGAAGACCUGACCCUUCAGAUGUUUAACAUGGAAGAUGAUAUGCUGAAAGCAGUAUCUGAAAUCAUGGAGAUGCAGAAGACCCUUGAAGGAAUUCAGUAUGACAAUAGCAUCUUAAAGAUGCAGAAUGACCUGGAUGUUCUCAAAGGAAAAGUUCACGAUUUUAUAGUAUAUUCAAGCACAAGAGAAAAGGGGACUCCAGAAGAAUAUAAUCUAGAAAAUAAAGAAAUCGAUAGUGAUUUCUAAAUGCACUGCAUUUAUUCUGAUGAACCACACUAUUAUGCACAGGCUAAUUAGCUCCAGGCUUUUAUUUCCAUAUGCCUCACUUUAUCCUAAAUUAUUAGAGAAUAAGUGAGAUACCACAAAAAUGGAUUAUCCAAAUAAUCAAACCUUAUCUUUUUAAGCAAUAAAACUUUUCAUUUUAACCAUUUUAAAUAGAUAUUUUAAAAAUGUUUCUCUGCUUUUUUGAAGUAUAUACUUAAUAUUUUUAAACGUUUUUCUGAUAAUUGUGUGUCUGCUCAAUCUCUCAGAUGUGUCCAAAUCUUUGUGGCCCCAUGGACCGUAGCCCAACAGGCUCCUCUUUCCAUGGAAUUUUCCAGGCAAGAAUGCCGGAGCAGGUUGCCAUUUCCUAUUCCAGGGAAUCUUCCUGACCCAGAGAUGGAACCUGAGUCUCUUGUGUUUCCUUUGUUGGAAGGCAGAUUCUUUACCACUAGCACCAUUUGGGAAUCCCCUUUCUAAUAGUUAACGGACAUUAUUAUGAAUUUCAUCUGUUAUAUUGGACCCAAAUAUAUUAAUGUUCCUAGGAGCUAUUGAGAGGUGUUCAUCUCCUUACUCAAUGACCUCAGUUUGCUAUUUUUCAAAUCUUAAUGUCUCUUCCUUAUACCUUUUCUGUCACCUGAAAAAGUGUUGCAUUGACCUGAUCUUACCAUCAGGUUGAUCAGUAAUGUGUUUGCCUCCUCCAGUUCUUCAUUUCUGUUGCAGUUUACUGCAGGCUAAGAAUCCAGACAAUUUUGUCCAAAAUAAAACAUGCCUGGGGUGCUUUGCAAUGAAUUGAUUAUGCACUUUUUGGAAACUGAGGAGCCUGGGAAACAUUUUUACUUUUUGUUAAGGUUUUAAACUGUUACAGAUAAUUGUAAGAACUUUUUUAAAAAAGAGUAAACAUGUUCUUUUUAAAGAAUAUCCCUUUGAAUUAAGUGUGGAUCCUUUGAAGCAUGGACUUUGGGAACAUUUUUGUAUACCUUUAUUUUUUUUAAGGUUCUAACUGUGUUACAGACUCUUGAGUUUGCUCAGUACAUGAUCAUUAGAUAAAUUACUUAUAAUAAAAAUAUACCAAUAAACCUGUGGCAUAUUUUAAAGAGGAAAAAGCAGCAUAGUGAGAAAUAAUGUGAUAAUUAUGGUAAUUAAAAGUAUGUCAUUAUUUUAGAGUCCCCAAACCAAUCACCCAACCAAAUUUGUUUCACGCAGUGAUUUUAUUUUUUUAUUUUAUAUUCAAAUUAAUCUUUAUUGGAGUAUAGUUGCUUUAUAAUGUUGUGUCAGUUUCUACUGUACAGCAUACACAAAAUUUUAAUUUACACAAAAUUAUAUAAUAGAGUCACAAGGAAUAAAACAUGGACUAUUGAGGUGAAAUUAAGGGGAGGCCUAGACAGAUUUUUGCAAUAAUGAUAAUCAGAAAUGUACAGGUUUGGGGGGGCACAUAAGACUUUUAUUGGUAAACUGAUGUAUCAAGACCUAUGGCUGAUUCAUGUUGAGGUUUGACAGAAAACCUUUACAAAAUUCUGUAAAGCAAUUAUCCUUCAAGAAAGAAAGAAACUGAAAAAAAAAAGUGUCCAAGGUUGGAGUUGAAAAUUGAGUUAAUUUUCAAAAAUUGCACACGGAAGUAAAGUUCUUACUUGUUUCUUCUUGCCAAUAACCAACUAUAGUCCCAGUUUUGUAAUGCAAUUUCAGUGGAAUUAAACACAAAGAACUUGAAAGCAGUCAGCUACAAAAGAUAGGUAUGGUCAGGUGGUUUUAUUAUGUAAAUUUGUACAUUUUUGGAAAAGUUCCAAAUGAAUGCUACAUUGGAAUUAGGAAGAUUUAUAGUAGACAGCCAGAAAAGUAAGCCUGAAAGAGUGCUACUAUUAAGGAGCAUAGCAUUAAUUUCUGGAAUCUUAACAUUAAAUUUCUUGACUUCUGAAUGUCUAAAUUCUUAUCUGUGUGCACUGGCAAAUUGUAUUUGUUUUAUUUUCACAUUCAUAAAACAGAUUGUAAAGUUAGCCAAAACUGUUUCAUUUCAGCCUCCAUCCUGCCAGGACGGAUAUGAUAUCUUGCACUCUUCAGUUUUAUAUAUUUAUCUAUUUUUUGGCGUGUCACCAGAUUUGAUACAUCUUUAUUAUUAACUAGAAUGUGUCAUAGUGAUGGUUACAGAAAAUAAAAUGGAAAUAAGGUGGUCACUGAGCUCUAUAGUGACAGUUACAAGGAAUAUGAAAGCUACACUUCUGCAAGUAUUUCUUGAGAAAAUAUUGUGCGCAUGUAUGUACACAUGUAUAUAUUCCUUUAUUCAGGUGUUUUCCUAUUAAAAAGUGUAAUUAUAGAGAUUUAAAUGUACCUAAUUUGUCUUCCUGUGUUUCUUAAAUUCAUUUAUUUAACACAGAUACUUGAAAUUUCAGAAAGUUCCCUAAUGUAUCAAAUAUUAAGCUACAUUAUUAGUCUUUCCUUUAAGGAAGAUUACCAUGUUCUGAGACACAUUUUUGUAUCUUUGUAAUUAAUAAUAAAUUUUAUAUCAGUUUCUUCUAGAA